UUCAGUUUGAAGGAAGUGAGUCAAUGGGAAGAGUCAUGGCUGCUGAGGAAGGCCAGCGGGGGAGAGUAACUGCUUACCCUCAGCCAGACUGCGACUUCCACCGCUUCUACUCCAAGCUCUUCACCAUCAGGGCCUCGGACGACGAGAAUUUUAAAACCGAGGUCAACCUGGUGUUCGAUCAGCUCAUCUCGGAGAACUACCUCAGCGAUCCCACCAUCAGCCGCGAGCAUGUAUGUUCUUUACUUGUCCAAGCCUGUCGACUUGUCCAGUUGAAUCAGGAACACCUCGUAAACAAAAUGUGUCAACUCAUCCAUCAUUUGCUUAACCGCUUACAGGUAACAGUGGAUGAGCAGAGUUUGGAUCUUCUACUCUCCUACAGCAUCCGUGCACUGCAGCAGUGCAACUCCUGGACUCAUGUGGAAAUACUGCAGGCAGUGGCUGCUCUUGUCUACGGUAAUGGUCCACGAUGCCAAAAGUUCCUUCCAGAUCUGCUGGGGAAAGAAGGAAUCUUACUUCAGCUUAGUGCACCAACCCAGCCAGAUGUGGAUCUGCGAAGGGCUGCAGUGUAUUGCAUGGCCAAUCUCUGUCUUGGUGUGCCUGGACAGCCAUACUUGGACGAACAGUACAAAACUGUGGCUCUACAGACCUUUCUCGUUGUGAUGCGGAACCCAAGGACUCCUGAUGUUGAUGAUGUCACCGUAUGUAAGUUGUUGCAAAAUGCUUUGAAGGGCAUCCAUUCCAUUUUGAAUGCAGGGAGAAUUAAUCUGACACAAACCGAUCAACUGGGGAAUCUCCUUGCAGUUCUAAAGACCUAUAUGUUCUAUGGUUUUCCGGGUGUGAACAUUGACGUUCCUGCUGUUCUUUACCCAGCUCCUCUUCCCCAGUAUGAAGGUAGCUCACCCACAAAGGAGCAAUUAGGAGGUGCUACGAACUCUACAAAGCAAGUUGGGCAUAAGAAAAAGAAAUCUCGAUCCAAAAACAAGAAGGAACAACUGGAGGAUCAAAGGGAAGAGCAGAAGGAGACAACACAGCAAGAAGUACUCCAAGGAGCAGACUGUGGGGGGCAAAGAGGAGGUGACUCAACUUUUAACUUCCUCCAAGGGCGAAACUAUUCUGACAAGACAGUGCCUUCUUUAGAUGGAAAAGAGCUUUCAAAUUCCUUCUAUCCCAGUUGGAAAAAAAUAAAUAGCUCUGAUUCUGAGUAUUCAGACACCGAGGGAGGAAUCCAGACCAGACUGAGAUCACUGCAAGCAAAAGUUCGCCAGGGAGCUUUGUCCUGCUUCCUUUCAACCAUAAAGUCAUUAGAGAAGAAAGUUCUGUAUGGCUACUGGUCUUCAUUCAUUGCAGAUGCCCCUGGCAUUGGAAGCCCACAAGCUGUCUCCUUGAUGACAAUUGCUUUGAAAGAUCCAUCGCCAAAGGUCCGUGCUGGUGCUCUCCAAGUCCUGUCGGCCAUCUUGGAAGGAUCUAAGCAGUUCCUUUCUGUCGCAGAGGACACCAAUGAUCAUCGGAGAGCUUUCACACCCUUCUCUGCAACCUUGGCUUCUAACAUCAGGGAGCUUCAUAGAUGCCUGCUGAUUGCCCUAGUGGCAGAAUCCUCCCCACAGACACUGACCCAGAUAAUCAAGUGCCUUGCUAAUCUGGUAACCAAUGUGCCAUACAAUCGCCUCAAACCAGGACUCCUUACCCGCGUUUGGAACCAGAUUAAACCCUACAACCGCCGCAAAGAUGUCAAUGUGCGUGUGUGCAGUCUGACUUUACUGGGAGCAAUCAUUUCUGUGCAGGCGCCACUUCCUGAGGUACAGCUGCUCUUGCAGCAGCCUAGCUCUUCAGGCCUCUCAAACAGUGGCUCAGGGACACCCCACCGCCUGAGCGACUCAGAGUCUUGGCGAAAACCCCAACAAACAGGAAACCGUGAUGGCGAGAAGGAGAAUUUGGAAAAUCCACCAUUCGAGCUCUGUUGGUUGAUUCAGUUGUGCGUUUCCAUCGUCACAUUACCAAAACAGGAGCCAUAUUCAGACAGUGACACCUGUACAGGGGCAGCAAGUAGCAUGUAUGAGCCCUCUCCAGUGCGAGUAGAAGCACUACAGGUAUUGGCAUUGCUUGUGAAAGGGUAUUUCACAAUGGCACAGACCAACUUGCUGGAGUUGGGGGAAGUAGCUUGUAAAUGUAUGGAGGAGCCAGAUCCAUCUAUUCAACUUCAUGGAGCCAGGCUGCUGGAGGAGAUAGGCUCAGGGAUUGUCCAGCAACAUAAGCUGGACUCUCCCACACCCUUCAGUGACAGGGUGCUUGUCAACCAGGUUGUGACCUUCUGGUCCAGAAUGUUGAAUGGUCCUUUGCCAGGAGCAUUACAGAAUGAUGAACAUCCUACGCUCCAGACCAGCACCUGUGAUGCAAUUUCUUCAAUUUUACCAGAGGCUUUUAACAGGCUUCCAAAUGAAAAGCAGAUUCUGUGCAUAACCAUGCUGCUCGGGCUCAAUCACAGUGAACAUCCUCUGGUCAAGGCAGCUGCGGUGCGAGCCCUGGGUGUUUACAUCCUCUUCCCCUCGCUCCGACAGGAUGUGAUGUUUGUGGCUGACACUGCGAAUGCCAUCCUGACUUCCUUGGAUGACAAAUCCCUGAACGUUCGUACCAAGGCAGCCUGGUCACUGGGCAAUCUCACCGACACCUUAAUUGCUAACAUGGAAUCCAUGGGGCUGGGUUUCCAAGAGGAGUUUUCAGAUGUUCUGCUACUGAAGAUGUUGAAAUCAGCUACACAUGCAUCCAAUGAUAAAGAUAAGGUGAAAAGUAAUGCUGUGCGAGCUCUAGGAAAUCUGCUGCACUUCCUGCAGCCUCACCACAUCUCCAAACCCCAGUUCAAGGCCAGCAUUGAGGAGUCAAUCCAAGCUUUAAUCCGCACUGUUCAGAGCGACGCCACCAUGAAGGUGCGGUGGAAUGCAUGCUAUGCAUUGGGAAAUAUGUUCAAAAACCCAGCCAUUCCACUUGACUCAGCUCCCUGGGCAGCUCAGGCUUUCAGUGCCUUGACCUCGGUGGUGAAAACCUGCAAGAACUUCAAAGUGCGCAUCAAAUCAGCCAUGGCCCUCUCCAUCCCCGAUAGUCGUGAGCGCUAUGGGGACAGCAAACAGUUCAGCGAGAUUUGGAACGCGCUGGUGCUGGCGUUGGAAAAGAGCGAAGAGACAGAAGACUUCCUGGAGUUCAAGUACUGCGCCAGUCUGAGAACUCAGAUCUGCCAGACACUGCUGCACCUCCUCCACCUCAUCAGCGCUGAGGACCACCCCUGCAUCAGCAAAACCGUUUCAGAGAAAGGGGACUUAAUCCGAACCUUUGUUCAGCGCUUUCUUACAUCAGGGGUGGAAGCUGAUGAAACUCGGACAGACCCUCAGGAUAGGGUCAGGAUGUUACAAAAGGCCUUUCAGCACCUACGCAGCCUUCAGGAGGUUCCGUUGGAGGAGAGAGAAUGGGUUGCCAAAUACUUGGAUGAAAUCUUGAAACAUUGUGCAGAAUCCACAGGCCCACAGACUGGUGUGAAAGAUACUCGGGAGUGAAGAGUUCUGCUUGAACUCUGCCUACUUCUUGCUGCAUGUCCAAUGCUUAUGAACAUUACAACAGCUGUGCCUGUUUUGCUUUUAUUACUGCUUAUUAAAAGAGGAAGGUAGGACUGCCCUUUGUGCAUCCAUGUGUUAGAUGCUCACCUUCCUGCUUGGGUCACACUUGGUGAACAUCAAUAAGUUGAAAGUCCAUUUUGUCCAUGAGUAUGAAGGCUCUUACAUUUUUGUAUUGUUUCAAUCCAGGUUGCAGUGCACAGGAACCCUGAGCGUGUGAAAACUGUCCCAAAUUUUUCAAUGGCCUCUUCUAGAGAGGUUGAAAAAUGUCACACUGGUGCAGUUAGAGGGGUGUUUUUCUUGUUAUGAACCAAGUACAGGGUGCGUCACUUUGUGUCUAAACUGGUGUGGGAGUGCCCGAUGGUGACACAGGAUGCCUGUGAUGAAAAGGGUAAUGAUCGUCAGCACUAACAUCCUCUAUUUGACAAUUUUUUUUGUUGUUGACGUGUGGGUGGAAUAUUGAAUAAACUGAAAUGCCAUUGAGAUGCCACAAUGUAUUCAAUGCAAGUGGGUGGCAGUGCUGUGGAGUGGAAUAUUUUCAUUAUAUGUCUAAUGACUGAUCUAUUUCCCUUAGGCUGUUGGUAGUGAAAUAUUUCUAUUUGUAAUUUUUUUUUUAAACCUUGUAGCACCAGCACAACAUUUUCCACUCCCACUCCCUCAACACUGUCAGCCAAGUGUUACAGAAACUGGAGUCAUUACAUUUUUCAACGUGUUGUGAUAUUGAUCAGACCGACAGGGAGUGAAGUUAAGACCAUUACACACAAUGGGAAAAGAAAAUGAGUUCUGGAUGGAUGCGAUAAGCUCUUUUGCCCUGGCAUUCUGUUUUUGUUCCCAGACUGCAUUCCCAGCUCCAUUCCUGUUCCUAACCCCAACAGGCUGAAGACACAAAUGCUGUGUAUUUAAACAGGCUUCAGUUCGGGCUUUGGUCUCUAAGGACUUGAUUGGUAUGACGUCAAGGUACUUAGGCUUUGUUAGUGAACCCACAGCUGCAGGGCACUUCAUGUUUCGAUUCCACAAUGCGCUGAGGAUUAUUGACCCCACUUCAUAUUUGCAGUCUAAAAUUAGUAUUGCAAAAAUCAGAAAUUAAUUCAUGCUGACACCAUUGGCAGAUCCCUCAAUAAUUGAUCAAUCCCCACCUGUAACUCCUGGCGGCCACUCAGAUCCAUUCUUGGGAUUUGCAGCUGCUGAGUGUCAAUGGAUAGGACACUUCUGAAACCAUUUGUGACCCAGAAGGAGCAAAGACAUUUUUUUUGUCAGUUCCUUUGAAUUGAUAGAAUGUAAUUUGUGUCUUUUUCCAUGUUCCCUGCCUAAAAGCUGCUUGCCACUGCACGGAUAGCCUGAAAUAAUUCAGUAGUAUUUAAAUGUAAAUAAUAUUUUAAAAAAGCUGCAGAACAGCAGUUACCCCAAUGUUAAAUAAAAGUUGGGCAAAGCUGCGCAAAUGCUAGUUUAUGGCUGCACCGUGUUAAAUGGUGAUCCUGAUUUAAUGGUUGGAAUGACAGUGAAACUGUUAGAAUUCGCCAUCAUUACUCUGCUGAAAGAGCAAUUCUGGGAGCUUGUGUGCGCACAGAAUAACAUGGAAAUCUGAAAGGUGCUAUCAGUAAUUCUGAACUUUGAAAAAGGUGCACAGCAGAGUUUACCCAGAGUACAGCCAGUUUUAAAAAAAAUCAGUAAAUUGAUAAGAUCUUCCACUCUUAUUUACACUUCUGGUCUCCCUGUACAAAACAAAGAUGCUUGAAAAAGUUGCAUCUUGUUGAAUGAGGUGUAACUGUGUUUUUAAGUGUACUAACGUGAUAAUUAUUGCUAAACACCACCUCCGGCCAUAAAGCUAAUUUUACAUUUGUGAAACAUCAAAUGUCUCUGCUGCAAUGAUAAAUUUCACAUUGUGAAAAUAAUUUUUUAAAGAUUGUUCAUAUUUUAGCCUCUCAUUUAAACCAUAAAU